AAGUAAAACAUAAUUAAUUAAGUAAAUAAUUAAAUGUACAACAAAAAUAAUGGAAUGUUUAAGCAGCAUUGAUUGCAUGGAUCAAAAAAAAUCCACCACCACUGAAUACAGUCAUUAGUGAACAAAGUUUGGUUAUUAGUAUGACUAACGGAAACUGAAAAAUAAUUUCUUUUUACAGCCCUGCUGGCUCUGGUGUUAAUACUCAGUGAUUAAAAUGAGACAAAAGGUCUAAAUAUGAGUAGUAAGAAGCUCAAAUUCUCUGACUUAUAAAAAUAAGUCAGAGAAUCAGUAACACUUGAAGUCACCAUCAUUAUUUUUUUCCCCAACGGAAGCUAAUGCUUUUAUUGUGAAAGACAAUCCUCUCAACCGGAACUACUACAUACUCUGCUACCCUGGUCAACUAAAAGCAAUAAAACUAGUGUUUUUUGUUAUAUGUUUAGCUCUGUACCUGCCGGGAAAAUGCAAAUAUGCAGUGUGUGCAGCGAACAGACUCCAAAAUACAGAUGUCCAACCUGCAACAUACGAUAUUGUUCGCUUGGCUGUUACAAGAAACACAAAGAUUCCUGCCUUCCUGUUGAGAAGCCUGCUUCGUCAAAUCCUGAAUCUAAAGAUGCUGCUGGAUCUGCAGAGCCUUUGAGUUUGGGCGAUCUCCUGCAUGAGGACGACGUCAUCGACAAAGUGCCACCGCAGAGGCUCCAGUUAUUGGGUCAGUCAACAGAGCUCAGGGAUCUGCUCUGCAACCCCCACCUCAGGCAGUUACUGCGCUCCGUUGACGACGCAGAGAGCAAAGCGUCCGCCAUGAAGGCCGCCAUGCAGGAACCUCUUUUUGUUGAGUUUGCAGAUCAGUGUUUAAAAGUUGUUGAAGGCCUUUCGUUGAUCUAGUAUAGGAAAGACUUUGUUUCUAAGAGCAGCAACAAUACCACAAAUGGUAAGUUGAUCUAUUUCAUGCAUGCAGUGAACCGGAAAAAUGCAACUUUUCUGCAUUUAGCCACAAAGUUCUAUGUAUUUCAUAGAGAUUCUCUAAGAAAGACUAGCACUAUAUGCUGCAUAAUAUGGAAUUUGGUUGAUAAUGAUCCAUGUAAAGGGUCAGGUAAAGAUGUGAAAAAAGUAGUUUACACAGUACUGUUCCAGGGUGAAAACAAAUGUGUAGCUUUCAGAAUAUCACUGUGUUGGUUUAUUACUUUAAAACUCAUAGACGUUUGUGGCGUUAAUGUGACAAACUCCACUAAACUACAUAGUAAAUAUGCAAGUCCCUGUUUUCUGAGCCAAAGCUGUCAGUCAAUGUUAUGUAAUGGAAAAUACACUGGAGGUUAAGCAUAUAAAUAUAUUGCACUUAAAACUGAAUUUCAUAAUGCCUAACAGCUACACUGUCAGACGAAUCAAGCUCUCACAUGCCCACAAAUGUACAAUGUACAAAAAAAGACUUUGGUCCAAGACACUUCAUGCAAGUGUCUCCUUGUAAAUCAUCUGUUAAUGUGCUUUAAUUUGAAACACAAAUUUAAAAAAAUUCCAAACGUUUUAUUCCCGACAUGACUGCUUAUUCUUUUGGAAUGUAAUUUCUUAAAUGAAUCAAAUGUAGCUUUUCCAAAAGGCACUCAGUAAGGCCUAAUGGGCUCAGACAUAAUCUCAUGCAGGCAGCGGUGCUUUGACUGUUUAUGGUGCUAAAAUUGUGCCAUCUUCAGUACAUCUUAGGAACUGCAACCAGAUUGGUUUUUGUGGUUUUGUUAAGAAGUGCUACAAUUAAAAUAAUCAUAAUUUAUAUAUUUUAGAUAUGAAUCACAUAUAAAUAUGUGAUUCAAAAACAAUUUCAAAUGUAUAGAAGAUUUUUGUGAUUUGAUGUUGCAUUAUCCAUCUGGACCACUUAACUGUACACGCAAACUUUUACAAAUAAUGGUAUUUUGGCAAAAAAAAUUGUUUGAUUUAGUGUUCAACAAUAGAUGCAGAGAAGC